AUGUCAUCGUAUUACAUUGGAGAGGAUGAUUCAUUUACUAAUAUUAAUGAGUCAUUUGCAUCAGCAGGAACCAAUUCAUUGGCUUCUACUUCUACUCCUCCACUUCCACCCUCUCCUUCAACUAAUUCCUCUUUCAUUGUUUCCACUUCCUCAAUUGUUCACACUUCUUCCACCAUUUCUUCUUCUCAUGCUCUAAUUUCCCCUUCACCACCUUUAUUUAAUGAAGAUGUUGAUUCAUCUUCUGCUGUUAAUAAUAAUGAAUCAAAUUAUAUCUUAUAUCUUGUUGAUGUAUUCUUAUUAUCUACAAUUGGAAUGAUUAUUGGAUGUGAUAAAACAAAUAAGGCAAUCAUACAAGGAUUAAUAACUAUAUAUUUUUUUUGGCCCAUUCUGAUACAGAAAAACCCUCUGCAACACGAAAUUGAAGCAAUGGUUUUUAGAUUUUUGCCAAGCAAGAUUGAAUUAGAAAAGGACAUAAUAAUUUCCGCAGCUUUUGUAAAUUUUAUAAAUGCAGUUCGCUUGUAUAAUAAUUCAAAAGAUUACAAUUCUUUUAAUAUUGAAAUUUUUAAAAUAAUUUUGAUUUUGAUCAGUAAUUAUGAUGAGUUUCUAAAACCAAUAUUAUUGAUUAUUCCAUCAACUGUUCAAGGUGUGAUCCUAUAUCCUAAAUAUGAUAAUAUCAUCAUAAUAGUUACUAUUAUUUUAUCUUAUGCAGCAACAUUCAUGGAAAUGCAUCGGAAAGUUCAGAUGUCUCAGGCUCGGGAACCUCAAAUAUCUCCAAAACUCAAUGAAUUUUUAACACUAUUUUUUGUGGAGUUAGGGAUAAUUUUUCUUAAAUUUUGUACAUCUAAUGCUACUAAGAAGUUAUCACCAUCUAAUGUCUUUAAAGGGAGUGAAUUAGCUAAUCUUGGAUUACCUUAUUUAUGUUUUUAUUGGUCCCUAGAUCUUAAAAAUAAAUUGUAUACUAUAUUAUCUGCAUACAUUAAUCCAUUUGACAGUUUAUUGAAGCAAGAAUCAACAAUCAACCUUGAACAACAUAAAAAAAACAUUAGAUCAUUCUUCCCGGAUCUUAAUUAA